AUGACCCUUUCCAUAAUCGCAAUUCAUUUCAUUUUUCGAUAUUUCGCAAUUGAACGACUCGGAAGAAUUCGAUUUUUUGAAAAAUGGUAUCUCUUCGGUUGGCUAACAAUUCCAAUUUUCUUCGGCAUCAUUUGGACAAUCACUGUUUAUACUUUACUCCCGCCAACUGAGCAGACAUCGAGAUCGCUGGAGAAAAGUUUGAUGGAUAAUUAUGGUUUGAAUGUUAGUGAUGCUUUGUAUGUUGGGUCACAUUGGUAUUCGGAGAAUGGAGAUGGAAAGGGCGUGAAGGUCUGGAAUCAUGAUCAUAUUCUACCAAUGACGAUUAUGGGAUCAUUGAUUGUGAGUUCAAAUAAAUUUUAACAAAAAAAAUUUAAAAAAAAAAAAUUAAAAAAAAUUUUUUUUAACACUGUUAAAAAAAAUUUAAAAAAAAAAUUUUAACACUGUUAAAAAAAUUUAAAAAAAAAUUUUUUUUUAACACUGUUAAAAAAAAUUUAAAAAAAAAAAAUUUUUUUAACUCUGUUAAAAAAAAAUAAAAAAAAUAAAAAUUUUAAAGCAACACCCUCGUAUAAUAAGACCAUUGCGAAAUGAUUUCAAACACCAAAAUAUAUAAAAUUAACCUAUUCAGCUAUACUCACAAGAAAUAUGAAAAAGAAAUACUCAAAAACGAUCAAGUUUGACCACUUUUGAGAAAAAAACUUAUUUUUUUUUGAAAAUCGCCUGCAGAUUGUGCAGAUCCGCAAUUUCAUGAAAUUUGUGCAAACACUGUGACGACAAUUGUGUGCUACAGUACCCCUUUCAACUUUUUUUCAACAAAAAGUGAAUUGUUUCACUGAAAACAAUGAAAUAAAUUAUAACAAUGAUUUCUGAACAUCCUUAACUAUCUCUACUUUUAUUUUUGACAAUGAUAUUUCAGUUUUAUAUUGCAUAUUCCGGUCAAAAACUGAAAAAACACAAUUUCCAUUGAAAAAUUUAGUUUUCGUCUGAAAUAUUGAAUCUUCGUGUUUAUACUUCUUCAAUUUAUUUUUUUCAUACCCAGAAAAUAGUUUUUUCCAUGCAAAUUGUCAUUUUCCGAAAAAAACGGAAAAAUUUUGCGAAAAAAUAAAAAGAAAACAACGAGACUCCGCGUUGACGCUAGCCCGCGUUGUUUGAAUUUGAGUUUUUUCAGUUUUUCAAUGGGCUUCCAUAUUUCGGCUAAUACUUAUUGAAACGUUUUGAAUUUUUUCUUCGAACUAGAAAACAGUAAAACUAAGCUAAAUCUAAGAUUUGAGAACAUUCGGGCUUUUUUCAAGAAAGUGCCUAUUAUACGAGGGUGUUGCUUUAACACUGUUAAAAAAAUUUUAAAAAAAAAGGAAAAAAAAAUUUUAGCACUGUUAAAAAAAAUUUAAAAAAAAGAUUUAACACUGUUAAAAAAAAUUUAAAAAAAAAAAAAAAUUUUUUUUAAACACUGUUAAAAAAAAAUUUAAAAAAAAUUUUUUUUUAACACUGUUAAAAAAAUUUUUCCCACUGUUUCUCCAAAAAAUUAAAAAAUUUUUAGCCCAAAAAUCAGGAUAGAAAAUUAUGCCACGUCAUAAUAACCCCAGUUUUUUCCAGAUGACUUCCAUACUCGUUGUCUCAUAUUACGGAACAAAAAGCUAUUUCAAAGUCCGAAAAUUAAUGAAUGAAGGUGAAUCCCAAUACACUAAAAACCUCCAAAAACAACUCUAUAAAGCCCUCCUCUUCCAAUCCUGUGUCCCUUUAAUUUUCAUGUAUAUCCCAGUUUCCUUGUUUCUUUUUCUACCAAUAAUGGAUAAUAUUGAUAAUAAUAUUGGGAAUAUUGCAACUAUACUUUAUGCAAUGUAUCCAGCAAUUGAUCCGAUUCCAAUUAUCCUAAUUAUCGAUAAUUAUCGUAGAUCAAUUCCAUGUUUACCGAGUUGCUCUCCGAAAAUUGUGGAAGAACCAUCGAGAUUCUAA